CUCAACCACCAACCAAACACAACCAACCACCAACACACAUUAUAAUCCGACAAGAUGGGUUCCACCGAUAAGAUCAAGGAGAAGAAGGACAAGUCCGAGAAGAAGGACAAGAAGGAGAAGAAGAUGAGCGAGGAGGCCGGUGUCAAGAAGGAGAAGAAGUCGGACAAGAAGGAGAAGAAGGAGAAGACCGAGAAGCUCGCCAAGGCCGUCGAGGCUCACCUCGAGAAGGAGGGUUCCGUCGACCCUGAGGAUGUUGUCAAGACCGCCGAGGAGCUUGUUCCCUUUGCCCUUCCCCUCGCCGACGACAAGACCCACAAGAAGAUUUACAAGUUGAUCAAGAAGGGCGCCAAGCUCAAGUCCAUCCACCGCGGCGUAAAAGAGUGCGAGAAGGCCAUCAAGAAGUGCCCCCUGCGGACCGCCGCCUCCCCUCCCGCCGACGCUCCCGGCCUCGUCAUCAUCGCCGGCGACAUCUCGCCCAUGGACGUGAUCAUGCACUUCCCCAUCCUGUGCGAGGAGCACGGCGUCCCUUACCUGUACAUCCGCUCGCGCGCCGAUCUGGGCGUUGCCGCCUGCACCAAGCGCGCCACCUCGGUGGUGAUGCUCAAGCCCGAGGGCAAGAAGUCCUCCGGCAAGGAGUCCAAGGGUGACGACGAUGAGAAGAAGGUCGACCCCGCCGAGUACCUCGAGGCCUACAAGGAGCUGGUCAAGACGGCGCAAAAACAGUGGAACGUCCAGGUCGAGCCCUGGGUUAAGGGUACUCACCCGCUUCAGAUUGAGGCGAGGGUCAAGGCUACUGCCUAAGUUGGCGGGAGCAACAAAGCGAAAAAAAUGAAAGACUGCGACGACUCGAUGGCGACAGCAGGGGCAUGAGAGCAUGACAUUGUUGGUGUCGAUGUGAUUAUGCGUCUGCUAGUCAGAGUGUUCGUGUGCGUAUGUGCUUUUUGCUCAGACAACCGGACCGUCUCUUGUUGAGAGGAAUCGGGCAACCUAGAUCUCCUUAGAGUCUUGGGGGCCGGUGAGAAGCACGAAGAAGACUUCUUUCCAUGGACUUGCGACUGGUUUGGGGACUUACUGAAGAGGGAGAAGCAAGUUGGCGCUCUAAUCACAUCCUUGU